GGGUGUCCAGCGCCGCGCCGGGCGCGCUGCCGGGGAGCAGGUGCGGAGGGAGCCGGGCAGCGCAGCCUUGAGUGCUUCUGUGGCGGCGAGGGAGGCGGGGGAGAUCCUUGCUCCUGCUCUUCAGGGAUUGCUGCUGCGAGAGGGAGAAGCAGAUCCGGAGGUGUGCGUGCAUGUGCCAGGAGAUGCGGAGCGCGUUUGGCUGAGGUGUCUGGCCCCUGGGAAGCACUGCGAGAAGACGCAGAGAGAGGCAGUGGAAAGAGGCAGGAGCAGAACUGAAGUACAGAGCAGCUGUUUCCGAAUACUCUGGUUCUUUUGGGUGCCUCAAUGAAUGUGAACAUGGAUUCUGUCACUGAAAUCUUCUUGAAGCUGCUCUUUCUCCUGUCUGUUCAUCACUGGCACAUGGCAGUGGUGGGGAAUAAAUAUAAUUGUGAUGAUCAGUUGGUGUCUGCUUUGCCUCAGUCAUCAUUCAGUAGUUCAUCAGAGCUGUCUAGUAGUCACAGCCCUGGAUUUGCAAGGCUUAAUCGAAGAGAGGGUGCUGGUGGCUGGUCUCCACUUGUGUCCAAUAAAUAUCAAUGGCUUCAGAUUGAUCUUGGUGAAAGAACUGAGAUUACUGCUGUUGCUACUCAAGGUGGUUACGGGAGCUCAGACUGGGUAACAAGCUACAUUCUGAUGUUCAGUGACAGUGGUCGAAACUGGAAGCAGUAUCGUCAAGAAGAAAGCAUUUGGGCCUUUCCUGGAAACACAAAUGCGGACAGUGUCGUAUACUAUAAACUUCAGCAUUCUAUUAAAGCAAGAUUUCUCCGUUUUGUGCCUUUGGACUGGAAUCCAAAUGGCAGGAUUGGAAUGCGCAUUGAAGUGUAUGGAUGCACAUACAGGUCUGAGGUGGUUGGCUUUGAUGGGAAAAGUUGUCUAAUUUACACAUUAAAUAAAAAACUCAUUAAUGCACUGAAAGAUGUGAUUUCUCUGAAGUUUAAAACAAUGCAAAGUGAUGGAAUUCUCCUCCACAGAGAAGGAAAAAAUGGAGACCACAUCACCCUGGAAUUAACUAAAGGGAAGCUGUCCCUACUCAUUAAUUUAGGUGAUACUAAAACUCAUCCUUCUAAUGCCCAAAUUAAUAUUACGCUGGGCAGCCUUUUGGAUGAUCAACACUGGCAUUCUGUUCUCAUUGAGCAUUUUAACAAUCAAGUAAACUUUACAGUGGAUAAACACACUCAUCAUUUUCAUGCAAAAGGAGAAUUCAGUUAUUUGGACCUUGAUUAUGAGCUCAGCUUUGGAGGGAUCCCAGUGCCUGGAAAAUCAGGGACAUUUUCACACAGGAACUUUCAUGGGUGUUUUGAAAAUAUUUAUUAUAAUGGAGUGAACAUUAUUGACCUGGCCAGAAGGCAUAAGUCUCAGAUCUACAUUGUGGGCAAUGUGUCUUUCUCAUGUUUAGAGCCACAGGUGGUUCCAGUAACAUUUCUGAGCUCCAGCAGUUACCUGGCACUGCCAGGCACAUCAGGGCAAGAUGAAGUAUUUGUCAGUUUUCAGUUUCGCACUUGGAACAAGGAAGGACUUCUGUUAUCCAAUAAACGGCACCAUUCUUCAGGUGGUUUCCUCUUAUAUCUGAGUGAUGGGAGAGUCAAAAUCAAUCUUCAUAAAACAGGAAGAGUACUGAGUGACAUCACUGCAGGUGCUGGAUUAAAUAAUGGCCAGUGGCAUUCUGUAUCUCUCUCUGUCAAAAGGAAUCGUAUCAGUGUAAGAGUGGACAAUGAUGGGACCUCGUCUGCUCAUGUCUCCAUACCUCUGCAGAUUUAUUCAGGAGAUGUUUUCUACUUUGGAGGUUGUCCUAGCAGUGGAAACAUUUCUGAAUGUAAUACCUCAUUUGGUGGUUUUCAAGGAUGCAUGCGACUUAUUUCCAUUGGUAACAAAGCAGUGGAUAUGAUCUCUGUUCAGCAAAAUGGUUUUGGCAAUUUCAGUGAUCUUCAGAUAGACUUAUGUGGCAUUACAGACAGGUGUUUGCCUAAUUACUGUGAACAUGGUGGUGAGUGCUCACAGUCCUGGAACAGUUUCCACUGUAACUGUGCCAAUACUGGUUACAAGGGAGCUACUUGCCACUAUCCCAUCUAUGAGCAAUCAUGUGAAGCCUAUAAGCACAGAGGGAAUACUUCAGGCUUUUACAAUAUUGAUUCAGAUGGAAGUGGCCCCUUGGGACCAUUUCUCGUAUACUGCAAUAUGACAGAUGCAACGUGGACAAUUAUACAGCAUAACAGCACCAACCUAACCAGAGUUAAAAGUGCUAAUCGAGAGAACCCACACACCGUGUUUUUCAAGUAUUCUGCCAGCCUAGACCAGCUUCAGGCUACAAUAAACCUUGCAGAUCACUGUGAACAGGAGCUUGCUUACUACUGCAAAAAAUCAAGGCUUUUAGAUAAGUCAGAUGGGAUGCCCUUGAGCUGGUGGAUUGGAAGAACCAAUGAAACUCAUACUUACUGGGGAGGUUCCUUGCCUGCUGUACAAAAAUGUGCUUGUGGAUUGGAGGGAAACUGUAUUGAUUCCCAGCAUUACUGCAACUGUGAUGCAGACAGGGAUGAAUGGACUAAUGAUACUGGGUUCCUCUCCUACAAGGACCAUCUACCAGUAACUGAAAUUGUGAUCACGGAUACUGGCAGACCAAACUCGGAAGCAGCUUACAAACUGGGGCCUUUGCUUUGCCGUGGUGAUAGAACAUUUUGGAAUUCAGCUUCCUUCAACACAGAGACAUCCUACCUGCAUUUCCCCACCUUCCAUGGAGAACUCAGUGCAGACGUCUCAUUUUUCUUUAAAACUACUGCUUCCUCAGGAGUGUUUUUAGAGAACCUGGGAAUUCAAGACUUCAUAAGGAUAGAGUUACACUCUCCAUAUGAAGUGGUUUUUUCAUUUGAUGUGGGAAAUGGACCUACCGAAGUCAUAGUGCAAUCACACAAUUCUUUAAAUGACAACCAAUGGCAUUAUGUGAAGGCUGAACGAAAUGUCAAAGAGGCUUCCUUACAAAUAGAUCAACUUCCUCAACGAUCUCACAGUGCUCCACCUGAUGGACAUAUUCGCUUGCAGCUCAACAGCCAGCUUUUUGUAGGUGGAACAGCAUCCAGGCAGAAAGGAUUUUUGGGUUGCAUUCGUUCAUUACAGUUGAAUGGAAUGGCUCUUGAUCUGGAAGAGAGAGCAAAGAUAACACCAGGAGUUGAACCAGGCUGUCCUGGGCAUUGUAGCAGCUAUGGUAACUUGUGUCAUAAUGGUGGAAAAUGUAGAGAGAAAUACAGUGGAUUCUCCUGUGACUGCACGUUCUCAGCCUAUGCUGGUCCAUUCUGUAAGAAAGAGAUCUCUGCCUAUUUUUGGACUGGCUCUUCUGUGACAUACAACUUUCAAGAAUACUACACGUUAGCUAAAAAUUCCAGUUCUCAUGCUUCUUCUUUUUAUGCUGACAUGACACUGACCAGGGAAGCAAUUACAUUUGCUUUUCGAACAACGCGGACGCCAAGCUUACUGCUUUAUGUCAGCUCCUUCUACAAGGAAUACCUCUCAGUCAUUCUCACCAGGAACGGAAGUUUACAAAUUAGGUACAAGCUAGAUAGCCAUCAAAAUCCUGAUGUCUUCAACAUCAGUUUCAAAAACAUGGCUGAUGGACAACUGCAGCAUGUGAAGAUUAAUAGAGAAGAGGAAAUGCUCUCUGUAGAGGUUAACCAGAAUGAAAGAAUGACGUUUAUUCUGUCUUCAGGCACAGAAUUCAAUGCAAUCAAGUCUCUCACACUUGGCAAGAUUUUAGAAAACAGCGAUGUAGAUGAGGAGAUUAUGAAGGCAAACUCUCAGGGGUUUAUUGGCUGUCUCUCUUCAGUGCAGUUCAACCACAUUGCUCCUUUGAAGGCUGCACUGCACCACAGCAGCUCAGCCCCUGUCAUUGUAAAAGGGCGUUUCACUGAAUCCAACUGUGGUGCUUUAACUGGAGCUGACUCAACAUCAAGUGAAACAACCCAUUCAUUUGCAGAUCACUCUGGACCAAUAGACGAGGGGAAGCCCUUAGCUAAUGCAAUCAGAAGUGACUCUGCAAUUAUUGGAGGUGUGAUAGCAGUUGUCAUAUUCAUCCUAUUUUGCAUCACGGCCAUAGCCAUACGCAUUUAUAAAAAAAAAGGCAUAUACUCAAAAAAUGAGGCAAAAGGAUCUGAAAAUGAAGACAGUGCUGAAUCUGCUUUGAAAAGUGAGCUCAGCAUGCAAAACACAGCCAAUGAAAAUCAAAAGGAAUACUUCUUCUGAUUGUCAUUAAUGAUUUGAUUUAAUCUAAUAUAAUAAUGUGACAGUCUGACUUUCUUGCUAAACCAGGGGGGCUCUCACUGGACAGAAAAAGUUCUUGCACACUACUCUAAAUGCAAUGGAUUUGAGACUUACUAUACUCAAUAUGUUCAGUCUCAGUGAUUGCUGUAGCGGGCCUCUUUAAAUUACAUGCAUUUCUUAGCUAUUAUACCGUAAAUGCAUUUUAUGUAACAGUGAAUUAGAUAUUGUAACCAAUUUCAUUGUUGGUAGUUUCCGACUGUUCUAAUGUGACCUUCUACAACUGAAGUUUAAUGUACACACUGAAUAUGAUUUUUGAAUGGGAAAAUUGUUAUGAAUUUAUUCCUAUCCUUUUCUUUAAAAUUUGAUUGAUGAUUUUUGUUCAAGGUGAAAGGUAGAUUCUAACACUUUGUGUUACUAAAGAAAUUCUGCUGUGCUGCAUUAUGGUGAUCCCUCUUACUUCCUCAAAGUGAAAAUGCCUUUUGAGCUGUUGUUGGCUCGUGUCAGCAUCUGCUUGUGAGCCAUGGCAUUUGGUGUCCAAAAUGAACUGUGUUUAUUUCCCCUGGGACUGAUAAUUGUCAUUAUCCCUUCCUUUUGGCAGGCUUAGCAGAAGUGAAGAGUGUACAGUGGGUUGAAAUGUUUUAAAAUCUUUUUUGCAGUAGGUUUUCACUUAUGGUCAGGUGAUGGCACCAAGAGACUCAUGCACAUUCUGGUAUUUUGAAUAAAAUUGAGGGGAAAAAAGGCAAGACCUAUGCUUGGAAAGAUCAAGUAAUAGACUAACAAUAGUUAAUUUAUCGAGAGUGAAAACACCUAAAUAUGAUCAAGGUUACUGUCCCUGGAAAUUAGUGAUGAUGCUUCUGUCAAGAAGUAAUGCUCCCUGCACUAUCUGGGAUGUAGUCUCUGGAGCUCUUGUAUCUAUGAUUUGCUCCAGACCUCAAAUCUAAUUUGUUCUAAGUUACAGAAAUUAUACAGCGUCUGCUACAUGAACACGUUUGUUCUUCACUCUUAAUAGUACCUACUAUACCUCUGUGAGAUAAGGUCUGAUUACACCACUCAAAAUUAAACAGGUGCUUACUAUGCUGACAGAGUAAAUGAAAGCUAUCUAUUUUGUUGUACAAAUUAUUAGAUAUGAAGGCUAGGUUUAAGUUGUCUAAGGAGAAGAUUGUAACGUCACUUCAGACACUAUAGGGUAUUUGAGAUGCCCAUGUGGCCUGAUGUGAAUGUCACAGAUUUUGCAGAAGGUAUGUGUCUUUUGGAAGAGACAUACAGGAAUUGGAUGGUAGGCAUCAUAAAUGGCAUUAGAUGAUAAUUUUUAGGUAACUAACCCACACAAAGCAUUUUUCGGUUUUCCCCAAUCAGAUGACUGGGUGUCUAGAGUUUGGAUCUGAGAAAACAAACAGGAAUUCUGUGACCUUGUAGACUUGGGUUUAAAAUCGAAAUAUCUUCCAGAAUUUAUUUAUAUCUACUCCCAUUGAAAGCAAUGAGAACAGUCAUUGUUUUUCUACUCGAAGAAUCAAAGCUAGACCCUAGAUUGUGAAAUGUAGAAAAUGUUUAUCAUAGGUGCCUAACAACAUUAUAAAGACAUGGAAACAUAAAUGCUAAUUGUAAAUAUAAAUGUCCAACAGAUAUUUUCAUUUAAAACUUACUUUCUUCCAUUAGUCUUUACUUUCUAUUUUCAGAAUUCUACCAUUCUUUCUACUUCCUUCUGUACAGGUUUACUUAUUUUUUAGGAACAAUUUAUUUCCUUUUUUGAGUGCCUGGAUGCUCUGCAAUUGUAAAUUGUUCAGAUUAACAUGUAGUGCUUUCUUGUUUUCAUUUUUGCAAUUCAGUUUGCAUCUGUGAUAGAUAAAUCAGGCUCAGGACCCAGGGUCAAGAACUGUAUCCAUGCUGUGGAUUUUGAUACAGUUUGCUUCAUGAUGAGAGGUCACCUUUAGAAAGAUCAGACUAUUGGACUAUUGGACUAUUCCCAAUACGUGACGAAAAUACCCUGUUUGUGGAUGGGAAGUGGUGGAGGUGAAAGCCUCACAUGGGUCAUGGCAAGAAGUUUGUUGAAUUAUUAAGUUUACUACUUUGAACCUUCUCAUCUACUUACUUUAAAGUGAAAAUUACAACUCCUUUUCAAGACUCUGACCUAAAUUGUAUUAAAUUCAAGAGGAGUCCUUCCAUGGACUUCUCUGCAACCAAAGCCUCUGCAUCUCAGGAGGUUUUCCCUUCCUGCUAUAGACAUGUAGGUAUCCACAUUUUAGUGCCACUUACAUCAACAGAUCCAUCUGCAGGGAUGUGUCCCAGUCAACUCCAUUUCUGUUGUUGUGGGAUGCAGGAACCAUGUGGGACAAAACCUAUAAAACGAUGAUUAUAGUACACCAAAGUAUUUUUGAUUGAAUGAUAAAAGACAGAUCAUCUUUUAUCUUAACUCUCAUAUAAGGGUUGCUCAUAUAAACCUAAUAAAGCCUAAAGUUUACCCACAACAGGACAAGUUGGAAGAAUGUAAACCUAACUUUUCAAUCACUUACUCUUAGUUUUAUUGCCUUGUAAAGUUUUAUUGUGGGUCUUCAUGGAGAGAAAAUUCUCAUCCCUUAGUUUGUUUUCUUCCAAAUGAAUAUUUUCUUUCCCUGUUCCUCAGAAUUUUUAAAAGGAACAGGAAGGGAAAAGCUUAGUAAAAUUCCUAUUUCACAGACUAGCUACAAAAGGUGGAGGAGGACAAAAAUGCCUGUGUGAGUGGCAUAUUAUUUCAUUCAAAGUCUUCUUUUAAGGCAUUUUAUUUUGUGAAGGAUUCUAAGAGGGAAAAGAUAUAUGGAUUUUGUUGAAUGAAUGUCUGUAGAUUUGUAGAAUAAAACAAUUACGUCUCUCUGAAGAUGCAAAUGCCCAUUUUCAUCUGUAGGAACAGUGAUCAUAUGUUUGUCACCUCAAUCUAAAAUAUAAAUGUUUGAAAUCAAUGAAGCAGCAUUCUUCAUUAUUUGCUGCAUUUCUAUGGGGAUAAAAAAUGGUGGCACCGAAGUGCGCUAAAAUGUCAUACAACAUUGUGCUGUCCCUUUUUUGAUUCUCUAUUCCAUUGUGUGACUUUUCACCUCACUGUUAAUAAAGACUUUUUAAAAUAAAGUGAGGAAAAUAUUUUUUAAAAGAAUUUGUAUUAAAAAGUUUAAAAAUGACAACAAUAUACUGAUUUUUUUUUCCCAACAGUAAAUAUAUGUAGAAGUGCACAUAAUAUAUUGGUGAGUGUGGUUAUUUAUAGGAAUUUCGGAGUGUUAAUGUGACAGAUUUGCUAUGCAUUCACACAUUUUCCAUGGCAAAUAUAUUUUUUCUUAAGUACAUUAGAAAAUAAAUAGUGGCAUGUAUGCUGGUACAUUUUUAAAGCUUUGUGUGGGCGCUAGCUAAAAAGGGCUUAUAAUUAUUUAUGUACUCAACAUUUAGUGUAUAAAUAUGAUUUAGUUAGGUUUUGGGAAAACAUUUUCCAAUACAUCCACUGUUGUGUAAAUGAAGACUAUGUUAUAAACCAGUACACAACUUAACAUGAAAUGCAGUCACAGUCAAAAUAAAUUUACAACAUCGUUAUUCACAGCAGUGAUGUACAAGGAAAAAGGCAUGUAAAAGACAGAACAGACAGAAUUCCUUUGAGGAAUCAACUGCAUAAAUUCAGAAGAUGCAACUAUUGCAGGUUAGCAGAGGAUCGAUAAGAAAAUAUCCUUUUAAAAUAAAAUUAUUUACCUUUAGAAGUAAUUAUAGUUGUUUACACUCAAGGAAGAGAUAUGGCCACAUAAGCCAUGUGAUGCUACAGGAAAAAAAUGCUUGUAACAAAAUGCUUCUGAAGUCAGAAAACCUAAUUCUGAAAAAGCAUGUGCUCUAGUCUCUAAGUGCAUUUCGACAUUCUCUGGAGUAAGUAUGCAGAAACGUGACAUAAGUUUUCAAAUUAAGCACCUAAUUCUGCAGCCAAAAGUAGGAUAAUUCCUUAGUGUUUCUGAUCAUUUAAUGAGAUUGUGCAUUAUCAAGAAGGAAGAAAAGUAAAAAAUCCUACAGAAACUAGAGCUGACUGAAAAGACACAUAUAAAGGUAUGGAAGUAAUUUCAGUGUUUGUUUUUUUUUUUUAAGUACACAAAAGAACAUGCUUAAAAGAAUACAGAAAAGAAAGGACGUGCCCUUUUAACUUUGUCUUUUUAGAACAUUCUCCUAGGGCCUUUUGGUGGUGGUGGUAAGGAAAGAAGGGUUUAAUGAGUUUGAGUACAGAAACUGUGAAGCUGCUAACAUGAGAAACAGAAAAAAACCAACAAAGUUGUUAAAAACUGUGCUUUGCUAAGAAGACAUACUCAUCUUUAUUCUUGAAGGACUGUCUGAAAAGUAAUUUUUGACAAGAACUGGCACUGUUCUUUGGAUACAUUCCCCAAAACUCUUAAUCUUUGAUCUUCCCAUUUUUAAGAAAAGAAUCAGACAUCACAAUGUCAUCACGGAGAGACGGAUGCCCUUUUGUCAAAUGCUGACAUAAAAUCUCAUGUAAAUUAAUAUGAAUUUCCGAUGUAUGAUGAAAUGUUGAUGUUUCUAACAUUUUGUAUAAAUAACACUGAACAAAUCAUUCCUAAAGCCCUUAUUAAAUAGAAUGGUAAAUCCACAGUAAAAAUCACCUUCAGCCUCUGAGGUACACACAUGCAGACACACAACGUUUGUAGAUGAGCUAUGAAGUUAGUGCUAAGAUUCUUUAAAUUUUAUCAUUUUCUUUGUAUUUCUUUGUGUUUUCUUUGUAUGUCAAAUACUGAAAAAAUGUCUAGAGUUCAGAAUAAUCCUCCCCAUACUCCCUACAUUUGGAAAUAAUCACACCAUUUCAAGAAAUAGUUGAGAUUUUCAGGGUUUUUUCAAGGGGACAAAAAAUGAGCUCUUGAAGCCUCCUCCAGGACUGUAAGAGGUAGACAACCAGACUGCUGAUAGAAGAUGUUGUAGCAUCUUUCACACAAAGACAGGGCUUUUUUUUUUUUUUCUUUUUAAUUGUUUUUUUCUUAUUUAUAUCUAGGGCUUGAGAAAUCAUUUGACUGAUAACAAAAUAAAUUUAAAACACACACACAUAAAUCACUACAUUGAACAUCAUAUUUAAGCUACUGCCUGUGUCCUAAAAAAGUUCUAAUUAAUUAGUAAUCUUUUAUCCAGCUAAUAUGUCCUUUACCAAUUUAAUUGAAGUGUACUUCUCCCAGUCAGACACCUGAAUUUAGGUAGCAGCAGGGCUCAUGCCUUUGGAUUAGGUGAGGCAAUGGACAUCAGCAAAAGGUUCCUAAAUCUGCAGAAGAGAAACAGAUACUCAAAAUCCUUCUGAAAUCCGAGAAAAUUGAAGGCAAAUAGUCAAUGAGUUGCACCAGAUUUCACCUCUGUGAAUUUGUCAUCAAGAACCAAGUGGUAACAGCAUAAAAAGAAAUAUUAAAAUAAUGCAUAUAUUCUUCUACAAACUAACUGAUACUAGAUAGGGCCUGGUAAUCUCUGUAUGUUGUAUUUCUUAGCACAGCACAGUAUUUUUGUCUUCUAACAUACUGAUAUGUGCAAGAACUUAAUUCAAAUACAAUGCAAUAUUUUUGGAGUCUAUGAACUGAUGGUUUAUUUUUCUCAAAAGCAAAAGUGCCUUCCAAGCAAUUUAUAAAGCCAAUGUUCAUUUAUCUAAAAGCAGCCAUCUUAAAAUCUGUAUUAAAAACAGCAAAUCUGCAAAACAUCCCUCACUACGUAUUAUAAAUUCAGUGGUGCACACCUGCCUAUAAACUAUUUGAAUAACUAACAGAAUUUCAGCACACUUCUCUACAGUUUGUGGACUGAACUCUGAGAAGCCCAAGAAUAUCUAUCCCACCCUUUGAUGUAUGGCCUUGAAAAAAGCUAUUAACCUUAACACUCCAUUUAUACAAUGCAAAGAAUAUACUGAAGUUUUCACUAGCUUGCUUUAUUAAUAUUUGUGAAGCCCUUAGAAGAUGAAAGCUUUUAUAUAAAUAGCAUGAUAAUAGAAAUGAGAUCCUAUAUUUUAUUUAGCAAAAAAAUGAUGUGGUAACUGAUAUUAAUUAUCUGUAUUUAUUUUAAUGCAUUUAUUUAAGGAGAUGGUCCUGUUUCAUUCAGUCAGAAACAAUAGAAUUUUCCUGGGUUUUUAUGUAUAGAGUAACUCAUGAAUAAAGAGUAGAAAAACAGACCUUGGACUAUUUGGUGUAAUAUAGAUUUGAUUGCAUGUCUUCUUACAUCAGAAAAUUAGAGCCCAGAACAUUUUCAUCUAAAUAGAUGGGAGAUAAUUGAAAUAAACAAGACAGGUGUCAUACAGGUAAACACACAACAGGAAUUACAACAACACAUCUACAUUCUUACAAAAUGUUUCCUGCUGAUUGAUUAGUUCAAUGGGAAUAUCAUGUGUAGAUGUUUUAAUAUUCUUAGUAGCUUCAUCAGCUUCAUUAUUCUUAUUUUCUGCUAUUUUUAGUUUAAUAUAGAGUUACUCUUCCAACCAUGAGUAACUGCUAGGCAUGCCAUAUUUUAUUUUCUGGAAGACAGGAUAAAAAAUUUACUGUUUUCUAAUGCCUUUAUAUCUAUUGCACAUGGAAACACUCCUUAUCAACAUAAAAUAAUACUGUGUAUUCUAUGUGAAGCAGCAAAUCUAAAAGUAAACAUAUGCUGAUGUGGUC